GCUGCCAGCCUUGUUCCGCAGGUUGAAUGGCCCCUGGAUCUUGACACCUCAGACGUGCUGUAUCAGCUGUGUGAUACUUUCAGAAGCUGCGUCAGCUUCGACGGAAAAAUUAUGCCGUCGUUGGAGGAGAAGGCAUCAGCUUGUCUAAUGGCUAUGAGUCAUCUGUAUCAUGGCCGGGUUUUUCAAGCAUAUCCUGGCCGUGAUGAAUUUCUUGGUCGCGGGACAAGAAACUCUGACUACCAUGUGUUAUCCCGGAUGCGACUGGUAGACAUGGGUGGGGCCAACAACAUGGUGCUUCAGACGACUAUGAAUCUUUGCCUUCCAGAAAAUGACAGGGUGGCUGUCGCAUUCCCUCACUUACCACUUUGUUACUGGGCGAGCGAAUCAGGAUAUAGAACGAUUCGCCAUAUAUGUGGUAUCAGCUCUGCUCUCCUCUUCAUCCUCCCCGUCGAAUCAAAUCCUAGCCAAUUGCACUCUUCUUGCUUGCGUCAUGGUCGGGGUUCAGUUUGACAAGGAGGACAUAGUUCGUAUCGAUAAAAGUUCUUCCCUGCCUCAAUUCGUGAAUGCCCUUUUGCCGAAGUUUCAAAUGGUUCUUUGGGAAUACGAUGGAGGCGAUCUCGACAAAGACAACACAGGAGUCACACGCAGGGCAUGGAGACUUCUCGACAUCAUUUGCUUCAUGCUUGAGCCUGCCAAAGAUCACUAUCCUGCGAGUUUUUUAUCCCACACCAUGCGGAACCUGGACGUGUGCAGGAAAAUUUAUUCACAACUCAGGUCAUCCAAACAAAAUGAUCUCGAAGGACUGUCGAGAGCUCUGAAAAAUGGACUACGCUUUACGCUCACUGCUGCCAAAGUAUCUCAGGAUCCUGCCGACUUAUGGCAUAGCUAUUAUUCAUGGUCGUAUGAUUCCCAUCCACCAGAAGAUUUCGACUGGUUGGUGGACUACCUCGAGUACAUUUAUUCCGACGAGGAGGACACGGCAUUUGACAUCCUUUUGUUCCUGGUGGUCAUGAAAGCGCGCUGCAGUCCUGCUAAACAACAUCAGUUCUUCACGAGCCUCAUUGCCUGCAUGGGCAGUAACAUGCCUCCGCAUUUACGCCAUGUCGCUCUCCGCGCGGCUCACACUGCUCGAGACGAAAUUGCCUCGAUGGAUGCCAUUCAUGAUGCGAAGUUGCGAGACGUGACCUUGACCCAGUUAUCCACCGCUAUCCUGACUGCGGUUUGUCCGCAACCAGGCGCAACAUUCUCCAAUGAUGAUACUGAUCGCCUCUUCCAUGAUGAACGCGACUUAUGCUAUCUCGAACUGCUCUUUACCCUCGUGAGGAAUUCCAACUGGCACCCUCGUUUGUUUGGGGAUCACCAUGUAGAUCGAUGCAUUAGAAUUAUUGCAGAUUGCCGCGACAUGCAACAACAUGCAUUUUAUCUGGCGGGAAUCCUCCUCCAAAUCGCACCUGAACAGUGGUCGACCACAUCGCUCGAUUCCAUCACAAAGCAACAGUGGUGGGAUACGCUCAGCGGUGCAUGGCCCUUUGCCAAGUAUACGAUAUAUCCCAAUUACCCCCAUUUCGAGUUUCUUCCUGUCCUUGUGGAAGCCACGAAGAAGUAUAUGCAUAUUGCUUCGGGAUAUUGUCUCGAGCGUCUCAUUGGCGAUGUGGAUGCUGUUCUCGAAGUACCGGAGAGGCGAAAUUCAGAGCAGGGAGAGGGAGAGGGCGUCAUAAUUGCUGUGACAGAGAGUAUCGUCGCUGUGAAAGAGUUGAGGACUGUAGCCAGCGAGAUGCUUGAGAAGUUGGUCAAUAGCCAAGGAGUUAUUAGUCCCUGAUGAUCACGGUACUUGCAUUUGUGCUAGUGUCCUUGGACCAGAGGAAUGGAUGGAGCAAUGCGUGAGGGAAUAAGUAUUACGACUAAAACCAUCAUUGACAUUCAAUAUGCAUAUGUAUUGAGAAACGCACGAGCAACAUGCUGUAGUCAAGGGCGAAAAUAAGGCUGUGUGACAAUGUGUAUAGUAACGAGAGGUUCUCAACAUAUUUCAGUCAUGAUACACGCUCUGGCUACGUAGUAAUCUUGUAGGUCACCUCG